UCUUGUUAUUAGGAAGGUUGUGAGAGAGACCGGUAGAGGACACAUUGGUCUCGGUGCAUCAUAACUCAGCUGUUUUAUCUCACUCAGCCUCUCACAUCAGGGAUAUUCCUCCAAAUUUUCCCCCCGAAGAUGGGACAUGUAUUCUCCCACUACAUAGGUGACCCAGCGACCACGCCGGACUACACUAAGGAACCAACAUUUGACCCUCUUUAUGGCUUCUCUGAGGGCAGGAAGGAAAGGGUAAAGUUAGCCACAAAGGAGCAAAUGGAGUCGGUGCAGCUGCCCCUGGAUAAGCGGGACUACUGCGCACAUCUGGCCAUCAAGCACCGGGCGUGUCGGGAAAGGGUGUGGCCGUUCACCUACCAGUGUGCACACGAAAAGCACGAGUAUCUUAAUUGUGAAUAUGACGAUUAUGUGUUGAGAUUGAAGGAAUAUGAACGAGAACGCCGUCUGUUGGAACGAGCGAAGAGGAAGGCAGCAAAAGUCGCAAGGGAAGAAGAAUAACAAACAUAGCUGGUUUAGCAUAUACUGUACUGUAUCCCUCUUCCCCCAACCUGCAUAAGUUGUGACGACUUGUGGUACCUUACACCUGUGUCUUCACCAACAUUUGUUAUCUUUUUUGGAAAAGUGCAAAUUAACUGGAUGUUGUCCCCUGUGAAAACACCAACCAUCAGGAGACUGUUGCUACUUUACAUCACCUUUAAAUGUUAUAGAUUCAACUUUUCAUUUGUUGUUUUCACAUGGAAUUCUAUCCUGAACUACCAGUGCAAAACAUUUAUUUAGUAUUUAUUAUUACAUUAUGGGUGUUAGGUCUUGUACAGAACAGUACCACUACAUAGAUUUAUUCAUAGUUGGGAGACUGGUAUUUUAUUGUAUUAAUAUUAUUACACACUUUAAUUGUAUCACCACUGGUACUUUUCCAAUGAUUAAACAUUGACAGGUGGAUUCUUCUGAUGUAAAUAUUAAAUACAUUGAGAUAAAAUAAAUGUAAAUACUUG